AUGGGGGACGGAGGACCUCAGCGCCCUCCUGACAAGGCGAGUCCCGCGGUGGUAGCCCUGUUCGUGGGAAGCCGCGACAUCACCGACUAUAGGCUUCCCGAUUCAUCUGACAGCUCAGCAGCGGCAGAGAUGGAAUCGGACAGUGAUUACACGCUAGUCCAAUCGCGACACUUGAAGCGCAAGCUUCGCCGGACGUCAGCAGACAGUGAUUCUACUCAUAAAACCAGAUGUGACGAACGAAAUCCAACUACGGCAGGAACGAAUUUGAAUUCGCUGAACAGACAAUCGCUGACCAAAUGCUUCGAUCGAAUAGCCUCAGGACAUGUGAGGGAGAUCCGCAUUAAUGCUCGGAAGGACAUUUUGACGCUGGACGUGAGUUCUCAGGCAGUAUUGGAGGCUUUGAAAGCCAUGCAAUUGGUUGACAACAUCCCAGUUCGCUCAUUUCUAGCGUACGGCAACGAUACCUGCACUGGUGUUGUACCAGAUGUGGACAUUGACAUAAAGGAUAAAGACCUGCGGCCUCUUCUAUCGUCGACAGUGCGAAUCCUCGACAUCCACCGAUUCGGCCCCUCCGGGUGCAUCAAGUUGGUCUUCGAGUCAAACUCUUUGCCAGCAUCGAUCAAAGUGGGUUAUGUGAGGCACUCAGUGCGUCCAUAUGUGCCACGACCGUUACAGUGUCACAAGUGUUUCAAGCUGGGCCACGUGUCCCUUUACUGCGAAGCUGUUAACCGGACGGACCUCAACGAAUGA